CUAAACAGAGAUUUAAAGAGGAGCAGCAAAAGCAAACGAGGUGGAUUAGCAGCACUUGGUGUCAUCCAGGACAUGAUACAGCGAAACAUCGUCUCUGAUAUUUAGAGUCUCAAGACUUUAAAUCCAACAGGAAAAAGAUCAGAGAGAAAAAACUGAAUGAGAAAACACUCAGGAUCACCUUCAUCACCGACUGACAGAACAAGGAGAACAGAGAGCUGAGGAACCAGACGCUGGAACACAGACUGCUGCUGGAGGAAAAACAAAGAAACCAAAGUGAAACUUCACUCAGAGACAAAAUGGCUUCCAGGUUAGAGGAGGAUCUCUGCUGUUCGGUCUGUCAGGACGUCUUUAAGGAUCCGGUUGUUCUGUCAUGUAGCCACAGCUUCUGUAAGGAGUGUCUGAAGAACUGGUGGAGAGAGAAACCAUCAAGAGAGUGUCCAGUUUGUAAGAGGAGAUCUUCAAGAGAUCGUCCACCUAUAAAUCUGGUUCUGAAGAAUCUGUGUGAGUCUUUCUUACAGCAGAGAGAGCAGAGAGCUUCAGAGGAUCUCUGCUCUCUGCACUCUGGCAAACUCAAACUCUUCUGUCUGAACCAUCAGCAGCCAGUGUGUGUCGUCUGCAGAGAUUCAGAAAAACACACCAACCACAGAUUCAGACCCAUCGAUGAAGCUGCUCAGCAACACAAGAAGAAACUUCAGGAAACUCUGGAGCCUUUAAAGAAGAAGCUGGAGCUCAGGAAGAAAGUUCAGGAGGAGUUUGAUCAGACAGCAGAACACCUGAAGGUCCAGGCCCGACACACAGAGAGGCAGAUUAUGGAGCAGUUUAAGCAGCUUCAUCAGUUUCUAGCAGAGGAAGAGGAGGCCAGGCUGGCUGCACUGAGGGAGGAAGAGGAGCAGAAGAGAGGGAUGAUGAAGGAGAAGAUGGAGGCUCUGAGCAGAGAGAUAGCAGCUCUUUCAGACACAGUCAGAGCCACAGAGGAGGAGCUGAGAGCUGAAGACGUCUCAUUCCUGCACAACUACAAGGCUGCAGUGGAAAGAGUCCAGCGCUGCCCCCUGCUGGAGGAUCCACAGCUGCCCUCAGGAGCUCUGAUAGACCAGGCCAAACAUCUGGGCAACCUGGCCUUCAACAUCUGGAGCAACAUGGAGAACAUGGUGACCUACACGCCUCUGGUUCUGGACCCAAACACAGCUGGUCCAGAUCUCCAUCUGUCUGAAGAUCUGACCAGUUUGACUUAUGGAGAGAAACAGCAGCUUCCUGAUAAUCCAGAGAGAUUUGGAUUAUGGUCUGUUCUGAGUUCUGAUGGUUUUAACUCAGGGAACCACAGCUGGGAUGUUGAUGUUGGAGACAGUUACAUAUGGAGCCUUGGUGUGAUAGAAGAGUCUGUUCAGAGGAAGGGAAGCAUGAUGUCUGGAUUGUUGGUUAUAAAGUUCUUUAUAAAUGAAUACUCAGCACUUUCUCCUUCAGCUCCUUCCACUCGUCUCUCAGUCCAGAAACUCCAGAGGAUCAGAGUGAAUCUGGACUGGGACAGAGGAAAACUGUCCUUCUCUGAUCUGGAUACUAACACACACAUACACACCUUCACACACACCUUCACUGACAAGAUGUUUCCAUACUUCGAAACUAAUAAACCAGUAAAGAUUCUACCGAUGAAGAUCUCAGUGAUCAAACAGCAGCUCUGAUGAUCUCAGCAUGAAGAACAAAAAGUCCAAAUGAAGCAUUAUUGAUCAGAUGAUUGAUUGGUUUCAUGAUUGAUGGUUUGGUGAAUUUCUUAAUAUCAUUUUUAAAAUCUGUUUUUAAUCAGGAAACUGGAGAUGAUCUGAUCAUCUGGGGACUUUUUCAUUUCAUUCUGUUUUUUCCACUAUAAUGUUUUAAAUGUUGUUUAUUAUUUACAACAACUGGAUGUAAAUAAAUUAUUAUUUUGGUUAUUGAAAACUUGCUCUUUCAAUUUUACUUGUGAAAGAUUAGAAAAUGAAAACUAUCACAACAUGUAUCCACAUAGCAAUAUAUUUCCUUCUGGUUGAAUAAUUAUUGUUUUCAUAAAUGUUGUAGAUUAUUAGCUGUUUAAAAUCUGAAGAUUUUUUUUCUUGUUAAUUUUGGAAGAAUUUCAUGUAAACAAAUAUAUCAGCUGGUUUAUGGGAACAAAUGUUUGUUGUUCAUGAAUGUCUCUUGUUAACCUGAAACAGCAAAAAUAAAACCAAUAAAAACAGAUAAAAUGA